AUGAAGAUCCUUAAGUUGCCCUGGCUUACUCACCAGGAGGGGCAGAGGAAUUAUGAGAUAUAUACGGUGGACGUGAGCUCCGACGGACAACGAGUAGCGACCGGAGGGCUAGAUGGGAAGAUUCGGAUCUGGUCUGUGGCCGACAUCUUGGUAUUUGCGAAACCAAAAGUGUCGUGGCCAGCGCGUGAGGAGCAAUUGAGGAAGCCACUCGCAAACAUGAGUCGGCAUACGGGUUCUGUGACAGCUCUGAAGUUCUCUCCGGAUAACAAAUACCUGGCCUCAGGGUCCGACGACAAAAUCCUGCUGAUCUGGGAGAAAGAGGAGGGCGCCGUGCAGCCUUUGUUUGAUAUGGAGAACGACCUGGAGCACUGGAACGUGCGGCGGCGGCUGGUGGCGCACGACAACGACAUCCAGGAUAUCUGCUGGGCCCCAGACAGCAGCAUUCUUGUGACAGUGGGGCUGGACCGGUCAAUCAUCGUGUGGAACGGAUCCACCUUCGAGAAGAUAAAGCGCUUUGACGUGCAUCAGUCGCAUGUGAAGGGGGUGGUCUUCGAUCCGGCGAACAAGUACUUCGCCACUGCGUCGGAUGACCGCACAGUGAAGGUUUUCAGGUAUCACAAGGGCACCGAUCUGAGCUUUACCAUCGAGCAUAUCAUCACGGAGCCGUUCCAGGGUUCGCCACUAACGACCUAUUUUCGGCGCCUCUCGUGGUCGCCCGAUGGGCAGCAUAUCGCAGUCCCGAACGCCACAAAUGGCCCGGUGUCGACUGUUGCGAUCAUAAGCAGAGGCAACUGGGACACGUCUGUGAGCCUUGUUGGACACGACCAGCCGACAGAGGUAGCAUGCUUUAACCCACGACUAUUUGAACAUAAUGACAAUCACGAGAGGGGGGAAGAGGUGGAUGGAGCGAGCAAGGAUAACAGUGCGGCUAGUGAAAGCAGUGGUAAGCGCAGGCUGAAAGACGACGACCGGGUUGAUUCAGUUAUCGCGACAGCAGGCCAGGACAAAACCCUUGCAGUUUGGAGCACCAGCAGGGCAAGACCAAUUUUUGUGGCUUACGACCUGACCUCCAAAUCCGUCACUGACAUUGCGUGGACCUGUGACGGUACGGCUCUGUUCCUAACUUCGUUGGAUGGCCGGAUAAUUGUCAUCACUUUCGAAGAAGGGGAACUUGGCAAGGCCAUCCCACUGGAGCAGAAUGUCGAGCAAUUGCACCGGUACGGGGUGGACAAGGACUCUCUGGUUUUCCCAGAGAGCGUGAAGCAACUCAUCCUGGAGGAUAAAGCGCGGCAGUACAAGAAACCCUACAUCGAGACAACACUACUAGAAAGCAGAAUUGGCACCGUAAAAAAGCCAAAUGUCCUUAAUCCACGCCCUAAGCAUGCAAAGAACGACGUCGCAGUAGCAAGCAUACCGCAGGCCCAGGCACCCGCUCUGAAGAAGAAAGAAGGCCCGCUCAACGCGGCAACCGUGCAAAACGGCAAGAAGCGCGUAGCUCCAACACUUAUAUCUACAGGCUACGCUCGAGCCGCCACGGUAAAGUUUGAGCCCAGAUCUAGCAUAGAUUCCGACUUUGCAGGGAAGAAGGAACCCCUAAAGGACACCAGCUACGCCCUCGCCGGCAAGAUUUCUCAGCCCUCGCUGCCCCUCCCGAGACUCGGUGUUCACACACUGAUAAUGGGCGUGAAGGAACGCGGGGCAGAACGGUUUUAUGUCGAAGACGAGGAGUCCAUGGACGACGACGCCGAGGUUGCAGAUGAGGAGGACGAGACCAAAAACGAGCAUCCCCUGACCCUGAACUUGAAGACCACGCCGGAGCGUGUCUGGAAGGACGAGCCGAAUCUCCGGUACCUCGAGUACCCGGGCGUGAUUCCGGACGCAGACGUCGUCAUCUGCCAGUACGGAGACCUCGACGACCUCCACAUCCUCGAGAUCCGCAACGGCGUCGAGCGCAGCAUCCAGUUCGACCGCGAGGCCCUCUUCGAGAACCCCACCAAGAUCCUCGGUUACCACCAGGGCGAGCGCACACUCGAGGCCUUUCUGCCCGAGGUCGUCAUCUCCUGCGUGGGCUCCAAGGCCUGCCAGUGCUGGGCGCUGGCGACCGCCAGCGGGUCGCUUUACAUCUACGGGAACCACGGACAGCUGCUGGUCCCGAAAAUUUCCAUCGGUCACAAGGUCAUCAAGCUCAUUGCCUGGCAGCACUUCGUUAUUGCCUUCACCGAGACUUGCUUGUUUUGGAUAUGGGACAUUCGGGCCAUGAAGCUCGUGGAGAAGGAGAUUUCAGUGUUGCCCGUGCUCGUCCAAGACCAGCCCCAGUGCAACAGGGUCCGCAUCUCCAGACGCAUACUUGAUUUUCGCAUGCUUGCAGACUCCCACGAGCUCCUCGUUGAGAUGUCUGACGGUGCCUCCUAUGUGUGGAAGAGAGCGCUAGGCUGCUGGACAGAUACCAUUGGUCAGUCUACGCCUGUUACUGCAUAA